AUGGCGAACGUAAACUGGCGGACGAUAAACGUCGACGCCUACGACCCCGAGUCGGCGCUGAACUUCCCCAUGACCACCCUCCUCCCAGCCAACCUCCCGGCACCGUCCACGUCGGCCGAGUCAGCACAGAUCGGGCAGCAGGUCCGCCAACUGCUCCGCGCCGGCGACAGCUUAGGCGCGUUGCAGUCGGCGCUCGAAACGGCGCCCUUCGCAGGCGACGAGUCGGCGAAACAAGUCCACCUCACGACCGUCCUCGAGGUGCUGCAGGGCAUCAGGCAGAGCGACGUCAGCAAGUUACUCGCUGAGAUGCUCGGGCAGCCUGGCGGCACCGCCCUGGGGGACACGCUGAUGAAGUACAUCUACAAAGGCAUGGCUAGCGGCGCAGGCGGCAGCGGCAGCGGUGGCAAGGGCGUGAGCCCCCAGGCAACGGGGUCGGGCUUCAGUCAGAUACAAUCGAGAAAUUUUGGAGAAGGCGGCGGCGGACAGGUGAUGAGCGUGUUGCUCAGUUGGCAUGAGAAGCUGACGGAGGUGGUUGGCGUCGGAGGUAUUGUCAGAGUCAUGUCUGAUCGCCGGACGGUAUGA